AUGCUGGUGAUACUAAUUCCGCUGUUGGUCUCGGCUUUGCUCCUGACGAACAGAGUCGUUGCCAACCCGCCUGCUCCUGGACAGAGUCCGGACUAUGUACUAUUCGCCACGGCAGCUAAUCUUACAAUCAAUUGUCAGCAAAGAUAUUCGGUCCUUUUCAACGGCACAAGUCCGGGUCCGCCGCUUUACCUGAAGGAAGGCUAUACGACUUGGGUCAGAGUAUUCAACAAUAUCGAAAAUCAGAAUCUCACAGUGCACUGGCAUGGUUUGACCCAACGCACCGCUCCUUUCUCAGAUGGCACACCAAUUGUAUCGCAGUGGCCCAUUGCACCGCACGAUUUUUUCGACUACGCCAUCACACCAGAAGUCGGCGAUGCUGGCUCGUACUUCUACCACUCACACAUCGGCUUUCAGGCAAAUACCGCUCAAGGAGUCCUCAUAGUGGAGGAUCAGAGACCGCUCCCCUACCAAUACGAUGAGGACAUUCCGAUUUUCAUCCAGGAUUACUUUACCAGGAACGACUCAUCCAUCGAGAAGGGUCUUCUUGCAAAUCCAUUCAAAUGGUCAGGUGAGCCGGAGGCCAUCGUGCUCAAUGGCCAAAGUGGUAAUUCGUCGUUUGUCAAUGCUUCUGGUCCAUCAUGUGAGCCACUCCUUAUUACGGUCAAGCCGGAUACUACCUAUCGACUGCGCUUCAUCAGUGGCACUGCUCUCUCACUGGUCACUCUGGGAAUUGAGGAACACGAUAACUUGACUAUCAUUGAAGCAGAUGGGCAAUAUACCAAGCCCUGGAGCACGGAUCAUGUGCAGCUUGGUAGUGGUCAGCGGUUCAGUGUCCUGCUUCGGACUAAAUCAGCAGCAGAACUGGUGUCUGCCAAUAAAACGAAUUUUUGGGUACGGUAUGAGAGCCGAGACCGACCAACCAACGUCACAGGUUACGCUCUGUUAAGAUAUGAUGUACCCGGUACCGACCUCCCGGGCUCGCUUCCUGUCACAAGUCCAAUUACCUUGCCUCGGAACGUCACAUCUUGGGCUGAGUAUUCGCUGGAAUCUCUCGAAGAGACUGAAUCUUUCCCAUCCUUAUCCGAAGUUACGAGGACAGUGAUAAUUACAAUGCGGCAAGUGAUCAGAGAGGGUGCUUACGUCAACAAGACGAUCAACGGCACUUUAGAGUGGGCGCAAGACGAUCUUGUCUGGCAAACAGAAGAGCGUCAGGCAAACAAUAGCCUACCCUAUCUAGUACAAGUCUAUUUGACAGGGCAAACACCAAACUACACAGCCGCUGUAGAGAACGGAGGCUGGGAUCCAUACAGCAAUGCUUUCCCCGCCCUUCCAGGAGAGGUACUCGACAUCGUCUGGCAGAGUAAUUCAGGGCCGACAGGCGGAUUCGAUUUUCAUCCCAUCCACGCUCACGGAAAGCACUAUUUCGACCUAGGGUCAGGCAACGGCACGUACAACGCCACGGCAAACGAAGCAAGAUUCCGAGACUAUACACCUGCACGACGUGACACAACAAUGCUUCAUCGCUACACAACAUCCGGAGUGCCACAGACAACGGCAGGGUGGCGGGCCUGGCGCAUCAGAGUCACCGAAGAUGACGUUGGCGCCUGGAUGAUGCAUUGCCACAUCCUAGCGCACAUGGUGAUGGGCAUGCAAACCGUGUGGGUCUUCGGCAAUGCUAGCUCAAUACUCGCAAAAUUCCCUGCUCCGCCAUAUAUCAAUGGAUAUCUCGACUAUGGUGGUGAUGCUUAUGGUAACGACACUUAUGAUCCUCUAGUGAAUACGGUUCCGCCACAGACAUAA